AUGGAGCACUACACGCUCGGUAUAGACAGGAUAAGCUCGUACAGCGCGAUUGAUGCGACCGGUGGUGCUACGUAUCUGUCUCACUACCCAACACCUGAUACCUCGCUAUGUCGAAGUAGCUACAGUGCAUCGUCUCCCGGGACGAGCCCGUCGGUGUCGGGACCGGAUCUAAGCCACACCAACUUCGGACUGUCCUUUGCCGAUGUGAUGUUCGACGGGGAAUCGUUCGUCCAGAUAGACUCGUCGGAUCUACAAAUCUUCGGUACCGCUGGAUCUCACAACGCCUCCGAACCCACGGAUUGCUCCAGCCACAAUCUAUCCAGCACCCUCUACACCACGGAUGUGCCAAGCGGUGGAAAAGGGUUCAACACUUGCGCCCCGCUAAUAUCUACCCCUGUCAGUUGCAAUACCAACACGCGCCGUCUGUGCAAGGCGCGCAAAUCAAUCACCGCAUUCGGGGGCAAAGAUCGCAGGAAGGAUUGUACACCGCCGAGUCCGACGGUGCUGAAAAAACGACGCCUGGCAGCGAAUGCACGGGAACGGAAGCGCAUGAACAGUCUCAAUGUGGCGUUCGAUCGGUUGCGAGAAAUCGUACCCUCGCUCGGACCAGACCACAAGCUGUCCAAGUUUGAAACGCUGCAAAUGGCCCAAACGUACAUCAACGCGUUGAGUGAUCUGCUGGAACGGGGAGCGGAUGCCACCACCUACAGCCUGUUCGAUAGUCUCGACUCUAGGGGGUCUAAUGAUACGAACAAUAACAGCAGCAGCGAUACUGGACAUCUGGCUGAUAAUGCGAGCGAGAUAUUGUUGCCGGAUGACGAAUCGCUCGAUGAUGGGUUUUUGGACAUCGGAUAUGCGUAA